AUGUCAAUACUGAGGGGAACGCGGAAACUGUUAUUAGCGGCGGGUCUGGCGGGUUGUGGCGCCGCCGCAGCCGUCCUCCUGAGUGGCCUCAACGCAGAGUCGGAUGGAUUCAAAGCCCGCGCCGCGAAUGUCAUCCAAAGCCACUUCAACGACCACUUGGGGCCCAACGCGUCCAUCAUGUCGUCGACAGCGACCACCAAAUGGGACGCCAAUUGGGACCGAAGGGAUCCCUUCUGUUUAGUGAAACCCAUGAGCGGCUCGUUUCGCGUCACCGAAAAGGAUGAGAAUAAGUAUAACGAGAAACUGGAAAAAGCCAAGUCUAUGGCCACCCGUCACCUCAUACUCGUCCGUCACGGGCAGUACAACCUGAGCGGCGAGACGGACAUCCUCAGGACACUGACACCGCUGGGCAGAGACCAGGCCUAUCACGUGGGGCUAAGGCUCAAAGACCUGGCGCUGCCCUACACUCGUAUCAUACAGUCAACGAUGACCAGAGCCACAGAGACCGCGAACAUCAUUAGCCAACACUUGCCUAAUAUUCCUGUCGACAGCUGUCACUUCAUCCGCGAGGGAUCGCCGAUAAAGCCCGACCCGCCUGUCCACCACUGGAGACCAGAGCCCAAGCAGUUCUUCGAAGACGGCGCCAGAAUCGAGGCUGCGUUCCGGAAGUACUUCCAUAGAGCCGAUCCCACACAGAAGAAGGACAGCUACGAGAUAAUGGUUUGUCACGCCAAUGUGAUCCGAUAUUUCGUAUGCCGUGCCCUCCAGUUCCCGCCCGAAGCGUGGCUUCGGUUUUCGUUACACAACUGCAGUCUCACGUGGAUUGCCAUCAGACCCAGUGGUCGGGUAGUUGUCUACACCGUGGGAGACAUCGGUCACGUGCCGCCCAACAAAAUGACCACUACUUAG